AUGAAUACGCCAACAUAUCAGCGGUCAGAAACCACCGACUGGAGAGAAACCGUCCGUCGGGAAUUACGAGAGGAAUUGGCUGCCAACCUGUGUUGCUGGACUACGAAAAAGGGAACACGAUGUCGGGGCCUCAUGCGCACAGCUGCCCUGGGCGAGACUCGGGAGAAGCUGGCAGCUCUGGAAGAGCAUUUUACUGUGGAUCUUCUCGAAUCUACACUCAAAGAGAUUGCGCCUCUCGCGCUUUGCAAGCGAUCGCAUAUAGGACAUGCAGAUAGCUUGAGCGGUAUUUGGUUAAAAAGCGCCGAAAAUCAUCGCAGGGAGGCUACGCGACUACGUCGGGCGAGAAGAGGAGCGGCCGACGGUAGCCUGGCGUCACACAACGCGAGAGGAGUCGCAAGGGACAAUGGUUCCCCAAGGUAUCUCACGGUUGAUGAUCUUCGCAGUAGUCAGGUCCCGUGGGAGGUUUCACCGGGUCAACCACUGGCGAUUCUCCGCGUGCGAGAAGAAGGCGGUGAGUGCAAGCUCCAGAGCUUCGGACCCUCUGCGCAUCGCGAGGACCUGGAAGAUUGCCCAAUCUGCCUCAACCAGCUGCAAGAAGGACCAAGCGAGAACAGAUACGUGCAAUGCGUCGCUUGUUCCAGGUCAUCGCAUCUGGAAUGUGUUGAACGUUGGCUUCACUCGCGCGAAUCUAGGGCGAGCCUUUUCUGUCCUUUCUGUCGACGCGACACUUUCCAAAUAUUCUCCUAUGAUCCCUCGCUUGGACGGUCUACUCCGGAAAUCAUUAUGCGCGAUGCGCCACCCGAUGUCUCCUCUCUGGGACCGCAAGCCCGUCAGCGGACGCCUCUGGACCCAUCUUCGACCCCCGCCGCCCAUACAUUGAACACUCGGGCGCGUUCAUCAGGCGAAACCCGAGAGACCUCACAGCUGGGUAUAUCAUCCGAUCAGGCCCGUCUGCAGCGAUCCGACCGUAACCGGCGGCCUCCAUCUCGUUUCCAACCGCAAUGA